AUGAUCGGUGCCGCAAGGCGCUGGUUCCGACGCAAUCGCAAAGGUCUGGCCAUCGGCGCGGGCGUGCUAGGAGCUGGCUAUCUAGCUGGGCAGUAUGUGCUCUCCAAGAUUGUUGAGGCGCGAGAGCGCAUGAGUAGUGAUCGAAUUGCUCGUGAAAAUCUACGCCGACGAUUCGAACAGAAUCAAACAGAUUGCACGUAUACCGUUCUAGCCUUGCUACCCACGGCGACCGAAAACGUGAUCGAGGCACUGCCCGUGGAGGAGCUUACCAAAGAGCUUCAGAAGAAGCGCGCCGAACGACUGGCACGGUUGAAUGCCGGCGAAACAGCAGGCUCGGACAUGACUUCAGUGGCAACUAGCGUUCACGAAGAUGAUCAAAGGAGCCUGGCAAGUCUUCAGAGCGAAGCAUACCUCCACACAAGCCAACUCGGCGAAUCUAUGAACGCGGAGGGCAAGACCUCGCCAAAACGGAACAAGACCCAGCUGUGGAAUGAGGUCAAGGUGACCUCGAUCACCCGAUCAUUCACUCUCAUCUAUACUCUAUCCCUGCUCACUAUCUUCACUCGCAUCCAGCUGAACCUUCUUGGCCGUCGGAAUUACCUCUCCAGCGUCAUUUCGCUUGCAAACCCGCCCACAGACUCGACAAUCAGCCUGGAAGACCAUGAUGACGAGCUCACUCAAACGCUUGGCGACGACUUUGAGACCAACAGGCGAUAUCUAGCCUUUAGCUGGUGGCUUCUGCAUCGUGGCUGGAAGGAGUUGGUCGCUCGAGUUCAACCAGCUGUAGAAGAUGCUUUCGGACCCCUCAAUCCCCGUGAAGAUAUCACACUCGCCAAAUUGUCGGAAUUGACCAUGCAGAUCCGACGAAAGGUGGAAGGAAACACCGAAGAGGAGCGACGAUCGAAGAAAUGGCUUUCUUGUUUGCUCCCACCAACAGAAGAAGAAGAGCACGUGCUACGUGAAUCGGGCGUCGAGGGAGUUGCCGACCCUUCAUCCUCCCAGACCGCCUCGAAGCUGCGCCACCUGCUCGACGAGACUGCCGACCUUGUCGACUCUCCAUCAUUCUCACUUGUCCUCACUCUGCUCAACAACGAAGGGUUCUCGACUCUCAUUGAUUCCAAAUGUGCCGUGGAAGCUUUCCAGACAUCCGAAUCUGCCGCGAUGACCGUGCCCCAGUCCUAUGACUCCAUGGCUACAGUCGUACCCGCACCUUCUGAACGCAAGGCUAAGCUGGCCAACCUUCUCGCUGUAAUGGCCCGACAGGCCCAUGUCAUCGGAAAUGGCACGCAUCCCCCCAAUGAGUAUCUGGUCGCAAUGGACCAAAACGUCCGUGAAUUGGAAGCUUUUUCUGCUGUCAUCUACAGCUCCAACUUUGAACUUGAACUGUUGGGAGCCGCGAACAAUGCCGCAGCCAGUGCCGACGAGACGACGGAAUUUGAACCUGUCUCCUCAUCUUUGGCUGAUAUCCUGGUUGAGAAGAGCACCGGUCAUUCAACAGGCGAGAAUGUCUCAUCCGAAGAAACAAUGCAUGACAGCAAAGACGGACAGGGGUCUAGCAAUGGGGAUUCUAUCACCCACCCAGCUGCUGAGCUGAUUUCGGACUCUACCUUUGAAACGGCCUGGGGCAAGGCUGUUGAUGACGGCAAGGAUGCUUCGGAAACGGGGCAUGUCGCCAAUUAUUGA